AUGGCUAAUAGGAAAGAAGAAACACGUUUAGUUGUGGAAGAGAAACCUGCCACUGCCAGUAGUGAACAACAUUCGAUCCAACAAAGACCUAUCCAGCAUUGGAGAAUAGCACUAGUUCCGUUUUUUAAAUCUGUCAUCGAAUAUCCUGAUCAACCAAAGUCAUUCCUUCAAGAAUGGUGGAACACCAUAUUUGUAGUAUCAUGUGUGUUGGCUGUCUUACUGGAUCCUUUGUUCUUUUACAUCCCUAUCGUUAAUGAGGAUAGGAAGUGCCUCAAAUUGGACAAAAGGUUGAAGGCAAUAUCCUUUGCUUUACGAUCGUUAACAGAUCUCUUCUACAUUGCCGACCUGAUGCAUCGAAUUUUAGCUCGACCUAAAGCUAGGGCAACACAAGCAGAGGAGGCAGUUCCUUUGAGAAGAAGUAAAUCCAUGAGUAUGAAUGUUCUGACAAAAGCUAAGAGGAUUUUGCAAUCUUACGUCCUACUUGACAUUUUAGCUGUUCUACCCGCCCCACAGGUAGUACUUUCCAUUUUUUCAAAAAUGAAGGGCUCAAGAUCAUCGAAAACAAUGAAGUUUCUAAAUUUUCUUCUUGUGUUGCAAUAUGUGCCACGAGUUCUUCUCAUCUACCGAUUGUGUCAUGAACGUAAGAAGGCUGCUAAAAAGCCGGGCACAUGGGUCAAAAGUUUUUUCAAUUUCUUCUUGUACAUUCUUGCCAGUCAUGUAAUCGGAGCCCUUUGGUAUUUUUUUGCUAUUCAACGAGAGACAGUUUGUUGGCAAUAUGCAUGCAGAAGUGAAAAAGGAUGUGAGCCUAAAACUUUUAGCUGUGAUGACCCUUCUCCGAGAAAUAUCAGAGUUUUAAAUGAUUUAUGCCCUAUAAAGCCAUCACAUGCAACUUUUUUCGAUUUUGGUAUAUUUAAAGACGCCAUUCAGUCUGGGGUGUUUCAGUCAACAGAUUUUGCAGAGAAGUUUUUGUAUUGCUUUUGGUGGGGUCUACUUAAUCUGAGUUCUUUUGGGCAAAACCUUGAGACUAGCACCUACGCAUGGGAAAACCUAUUUGCAGUUUUUAUUUCUAUAAUUGGUCUCCUACUAUUUUUAUAUCUCAUUGGAAAUUUACAGACAUAUAUGCAGUUGUCAACCACAACAUCAGAAAAGCUUAGACGGAAGAUGAAAUUGAAAGGUCUUGAGGUAGAAUUGUGGUUAUCUGAAAAUGGCUUGCCUAAGACCAUGAAAGCAAGGAUCAUGGAAAAUGUACAGCGACUAUUUGAACAAAACAAAAAUGGUCAUGUGGAGAUACUCUAUGCUCUUCCCCCGGAAUAUUUAAGCUAUGUCAAGUGCUGUCUUUGCUUGGAAACGCUAAGGAGAAUUCCGAAGCUUCAAGAGAUCCAAGGGCGGGAUGAGUUGAAAGAAAUCUUUGAGUAUUUUAAGCCAAUGAUCUAUGCUAAGGACAGCUUUAUCAUUCGAGAGGGGGAGCCCCUUGAAAUGAUACUCUUGAUCACGCAAGGGAUUGUUCGAACCUACACAACUAGCACUGGAGUAAAAAAGAAUCCCUCAACACCUAAGUCUAUUGAGAAAGGUGAUUUUUACGGAGAAGAACUUAUAACUUGGGCAUCAAAAUUUCCACCCUCCACUGAAUUACCCAUCUCGGAUAAAAAUGUUCGGUCCAAAACAAGAGUUGAAGCAUUUACUCUCACGGCUGAGGACUUAAAGAAUCAUGUCAUCCCCAAAUAUUUCCGGUGGCAAUUUACCAAGGGAAUUGAUCUCGAGAAUUUGACUGACUCUCAAAUGCUGCAGUUGAAGCAAUUAUUUGCAGUUAUAACCAUACAAACAGCAUUUCGUCGCGCAAGAAAGCGAAGAAGCAUUGAGCCUCCUCAAGGAUAA